AUGCCCGCAGUGAUCGUCGAACCUAGACCGCCUUCCUCGACAGAUACCGAAGAAAACUUAGUGGGCCGCAAGGAAAGUCUGUAUUUUGAUGCCAACGAGAAUGGAGACGGUCUCGAGGCUUUCUCGACCCCUCCUGCGGGGGCAACGCUUGUAGGCACCACGGAAGACCGCUUCUACUGCCAACCGGGCCGCCGUCCCCCAAAGCCGUUUCAAAAGUGGAUGAGAACACUCCACAAGCGCGUGCUGCGGCAGCAGGAAAUCCUCGGCUACGAUGGCAGCGUCCCGGGCGGAAUGGUCACGGGAGACCUGGGCUCGGACUUCCGGCGGUCUGAUCGCCACCACCAUCGACACUCGUCCUCCGACUCCUCGCUCGCCUUCGUCACGGCCGUCAAGCCCGCCAGCCUGUCCGUGACCGGCAUCAGCCUCUUGACCCGCUCGCGCAAGACGACGAUCCGGUCGGCGCGGGGAUCGCGCGGCCCGCGCACGGCGGAGGAGCAGCGCAGUAGCAGGGCGUCCUUGUCUGUCAUGUCUGGGCCGCGCAUGUCGGAGGAUAGUGGGAGUUAUAGCCUGCCUGAGAAACCGGCGCCGGUGGAUCCUGCGGUGGUCGAACGCGCGUUGCAGAGGAGGAGGAUUCUCGAGGAGUUGAUCAGUACUGAGGAGGGGUAUAUUGGGGAUGUGCGGUUUCUGAUGAAUGUCUACGUCACCAUACUCGCUUCCCUUCCCACGUCCCCCGCGGGUCUGCGGUCAACGGUCAACCGCAACCUGACGGACCUCAUCGAGCUGCACGAGGAGGUCCUCGGGGAACUGCACCGCGCGGUUCCGGACUCGGAGUACACGCAGCUCGACCUACCGACCCCACCGGCGACGUCGAUGAAGCAAUCGAAUGCGUCUCUUCAGGGGCACCGGCGUUGGAGGAGUCUCGAUGCUGUUCCGGAAGGCCGGGACGAGGUGUCGUGGUUGCGAGACGUCCCCGGGAUGGUAGCGGAACCGCAGGCGGCCGCAGAGGUGGCGAGGGUCUUUCUGAAAAGGAUGAACCGCUUCUUUGUGUACGAAGAAUACGGCGCAAAGUAUGAGAUGAUGAUCAAGGACAUCGCCGCGGCGUAUCGGACGAUGCCCGGGUGGGCUUCGUACCAGAAAGGGCUGGAAGUUCUAGCGUCGUCGUUGACUUCGGCGGAAAGUUGUGACGACCAGGCAAGGAGAGCGCUGACGAUUGGCGAUCUGCUCGUCAAGCCGAUCCAACGGGUGUGCAAGUAUCCGUUGUUGUUCUCCGAGCUCCUGAAGCAUACCCCCGUGAUCGAUUGUCCCUAUUCACACAUGGAAAUUGAGAAUACGCUUAUUCGGCUCCGCGAGGCCACGGCGGAGAUCAACCGAGCGACAAACGAUUCCCAGGCCAAGUGUGUUCUCGAGAAGACUUGGAUCCUCCAGGACCGGCUUGCGUUCCCAGACAGACAACUCGAUACCGCUUCGAGAAACCGAAUCCGGUCGUUUGGUCAUCUUCGAUUAUGCGGCGCGCUGCAUGUCUGCUGGCAGACCAAGGACAGCGUCACCGGCCAGUACAUGGUUGCGCUGCUCUACCGAGAUUGGUUUUGUCUGGCUACGGCUGGCCGUAUCGAUCAGAUCUACACUUUGCAAGCGUGUAUCGCUUUGAGCAAUAUCAAGGUGGAAGAAGUGGACAACGGUCGGGGUCUUCAAUGUCAUACGGCGCGGCACUCGUGGAAGAUUGUGUUCUUGUCGGACAACCAGUUGUAUGAGCUCAUCCUAACGGGUUGUUCAGCCAAGGAGGAGUUGGAAUGGCGUGCGCGACUCCGAAACAACAAUCUAGACACCGAGAGCGAUGGGUCGUCUGAUCAGAUGCGGGCUGAGUACUUCAACUUUCUCUCGUUGAACAUCAAGGCCUUGGGCACGGUGUUUAGGAAGCCAGGAACCAUGGCCAGAAAGAUCUCGGUCCAUCGCGCCACCACCAUCGGUCCGAAAUCCCCACUCUGCCAGGUCAUCCUCAAGAACACCAGUGCGGCCAAGGAUACACACAAUUCCAACAACAGCGGUGUUAACUCGCCCAUCAACCGCUCACAAUCUCUUCUCUCCCACAAUAACAGCAACUCCAACCCGUCGGCCCGCAUUCCGGUGCUGGCCCCGGAACGGGCCGAGCGUGCACGGCUUGAGGCACUGCUGUCGGAUGUGUGGACGCGUAAUGUGCUGCCGUUCCCCGGCAUAACGACACGGUCACGGAGUGAACAUCUGGUGCGUGCGUCGGCAUCGUCGAUGAUGCGCAAGUUGAGCGCCGUGAAUAUUACCGGUAGUUUUGGGCGGAGGACGACGAGCCUGGCUACGCCGGAGAAAGAGAAAAACGAGGAGCUGAGGAGUCGGAUGCGUUUUGGGCUGGGUACGGAUAUGACCUCGGUUACGAAGCGGCGGCUCAUGCGGCCGGCGAACUAG